UUUCACGCUUUCCGUAGCUUCUUACAUUUCCAACAUGGCUGCCAUCAGGAGUGGGGUGACUCCGUGUUGCCUGGCAAGAUGUUUUCUAAGACAAGCGAAAGGAGACAGCCCCCGUUUUUCAGACCUUUUGAAUCACGUAAGUCUUCUUCACAUUUUUAACUCUGAUGUUUUAACCUUUAUUUCUGAAAAGGUGGUGACUUUCCUCAGCUAGCUAGCUGCGCAGCCGGUUAGCAUCCCGGCUGCGCAGUUAGGGGCGCAUGCCUUCUGCGUGACUUUGACAGGGACAGGAUCGACAGGGUCCUCUGAUAUUUGGUCAUGCUCGCAUUUUAACACUUCUUAAACAAAAACAAGUUGGUUGGAUUUGCUUAAAGCUCAGUGAUACGUGCACUGGGACUAAAGUGUGUUUUAAUAAUGCGGAUCUAGAUCUAGAUCUAGAAUACAGGACUCGGAAGCAGCAGUCCUGCAUGAUGAAGCUGUCAGUGUUGGUGUUAAAUAUGCUCCUGGCUGACUCUUUCUCCCCCUGUAAACAUUCAGAGGUUGCUCCAGAGGUCCCAUCUGCACACAGGGUCUGGAUGUCACAGUCCAGCCUCCAGGACUCUGCUGGGCCGCAGACAGCAGGGGAAGUUCCUGUGGGUGAGCGCCAUAGCGGUCAGACACAACAGCUCACAGGUGAGUGUGGACAGUUCACAAGAAAUCACAUUCAAACUGUCAGACUGGAAACAAUCUUGAACCCAGGUUUGACAUUGAAAAGAUUAAGGCAAACAGAUGAGAUUAGAUAAUCCAAGUUUCAGGUCACAGUUGAUAUUAAUGUUCAUUUUGAUGUUUCCAGAUUCCUCCUGGGGAAGGAAUCACCGCAGCUCCGGUGGUGGAAGCCUCUCUGCCGGCUGACCCCGCUCCUAUCAUCGCACAGCCAAUCACAGAACAGGUAUUUAAAGCCACAGUUGAAACAUAACACACUGUCUCGAACCUUGAGCGUCUUUUACACUCCAGCUGUACUUUAAUUCUAAAAUUGCAGGUCCCAGUGGAAGUCAUAGCAGCGCCAGUCGUGGAUGUCUCUCCUCCUCCACCAGUCGCGGUCCCCCCCUCUGAGCUCAUGUCCGCGGACCUCACCCCUGUUUUAACACAGCCAAUCACUGAGCAGGUGAUGGACGCCGCACCGACUGCAGUGGAUGUCCUUCAGGCUGCGAGCACGGAGAUGAGUUUAGCCGAGUUAGGACUGGCGGGUCACACGCCAGUGGGACUCAUCCAGAACUUGUUAGAGUUCAUGCACGUAGAUCUUGGAUUGCCCUGGUGGGGGGCAAUCGUUGUAGGUAAGAGUUUUCCAGCGCUGUUUUACUCGAUUCAAACAAUCACUGCUGUCUGAAUGUUUCUCCCUAAUCCUCCUCCUCGUCCCCGUUUCUUCUCCCCUCCCUCUCUCUCACACACACAGGAACAGUGAUCGCUCGUAUGGCCGUGUUUCCAGUCAUCGUUAAGGGUCAGAGAGAAGCAGCCAAACUCAACAACGUUCUGCCCGAGAUGACCAAAUACACCAACAGGCUGAAUGAGGCCAAACAGAGCGGCAACAAGUUUGACUGUAAAUCUUUUUUUUUUUCUUUGUUUUUACGCUGAAAUUGUCUUUUCAGUCACUUUUACGACUUUAUAGUUUGCUUGUCUUUGUAAAAAUCCAGCAUUUUUGUCGUGUAACGGGCUGUUGUGUGAUUGUUUCAGUCGCCAAAGCGUACUCUGACCUGAACCUGUUCCAGAAGAAGAAUGAUGUCAAUCCUCUCCGUGGAUUCCUUGUGCCCAUGGUUCAGGUUAGUUCAUCUGUUUGGAUUAUGGUCCUUUUUGUGAACUGUGCUAUUGCACCAACAUUUGACGAAGAGGGCUCCAACGUGGCUGAUUUUCUGUUGGUUUAUACUUGGGCCUGACCGAUAUGGAUUUUUUGGGGGCUGAUGCCGAUACCGAUUAUUAAGGGGGGGGGUUAAUCCGAUUACCGAUUAAUUGGCUGAUUUAUAUUAUUUAUUUUUAAUAAGUUAUAAAAAUAUAUACAUACUGUAGAUAAAUUGUAGGGUACUGCUCUUCACGCCGACAGGAAGACCAACAAAAAAUCAAACUUGGACCAGAAAAGCGUUUUCAACUAGUUAGUGGUAGUUAGUGGAUGAAGAUUGUCAUGAGGUCACUGCGCCAUCUACAGGAUAAGUCGGGGAACUUUUCAAAUGGCAGAACAUUUUUGAAGUGAAACCAAAUCUUAUUCUCCGCAUUUUAUUUCUGAAAAUAUCGGUGAGUUUUGGCCAAUUACUGAUUAGUCUCAAACGGGCUGAAAUUGGCCGAUUAAAUCAGCUCGUCUAUAAAUCAGUCGGGCUUUAGUUUAUACAGAAAUGUAAAUUCUGACUCACCUUUUUGUCUAGAAAACACUCGGUAAACAGUUUUUCAAACACCACCAUCACAUCUGUGGGUUAGUAAAUCAUUACAACAUUAUGACUGUUAUAAACUGAAGCUGCAGCGCCAUCUUGUCGUGAGCGGCUGCACUACAGCUUAGGCGAAACGUGAGGACGAAUAAGAUUACUAAUAACUCAUUAAACUGACUGUUAAUUCUGCCGAUGAGUAGCAAGAAUGCAAAUUUAAUCCUCAAGUCACUCAAACAUAAUAAAAAGUUUCGGCUGAUUUUCACCAACAGUUUGCAGAAGAUUUUGACGAUAAAUGAACACAAGUUUAUGUUUUUGUUGGUUUUUACUCAUUUAGCCUGUUGAAAUCUCCCUUAUAUCAUCUCUCCUUCUGCUCUCUCUCAGGCUCCUGUUUUCAUCUCUUUCUUCAUCGCACUGAGGAAGAUGGCUUACCUGCCGGUGCCCAGCCUGCAGACAGGAGGCGUGCUCUGGUUCCCAGACCUGACGGCUGCAGAUCCUUUUUUCAUCCUUCCUCUGGCCGUCACCGGAACCAUGUUCUUCAUCCUGGAGGUCAGACAUGUUCCACAAAACCUGCUUAAAAAAAUUCAACAGAAAUGAGGAUAACAGAGAUUUUUGGCACGGCGGUGUUUGUCAUUCAGAUGUUGCUUCUUCUCUUGUAGUUGGGUGCAGAGUCUGGAAUCGACAACCCUAACCUGCGAAUGAUGAAGACCGUGUUCAGGGUCAUGCCCUUCAUCAUCCUGCCCCUCACUAUUAAAUUUCCCACGGUCAGUCUGACGGUCGCCCAUAUUAGUUUCCACAAUGCUAAUCCUACCAUCAACUCAUGUACAAUUUGUGCUUCAAUUCCUUUUCUUCAGGCGGUGUUCACCUACUGGCUGACCUCUAACGUCUUCACCCUGGGACAAGUGGCCCUGCUCAGACACCCGCUGAUCAGAGAGAAGCUGAGGAUCCCAGAGAGGAUCAAACACUCGACAACGGCAAUGCCUGAAAACGACGGCUUCUUUAAGAGCAUGAAGAAAGGUCUGCGUCCAAAAGUUCAAGAAUUUAACUCCUUUUUUAAAAACGUAAAAAUCACAGAAGCAUUCAUAGGGUCACUUUUAUGUUUAUUCUUCAGGCUGGAAAAACGCUCAGCUGGUGCAGCAGAUGGAAGAGAGAGAGAGACGGAUCAAGAAUCACCUGAACCUUGCAGCCAAGGGUCAGUCUGAUCAUUCAUGAUUACAUUUUAACACGUAUUCAGAAACAUGAAACAAACACAUGCUAAUGCGAAAAGUUCAAAGUCCAUUUAAACAUCAACUUCAUUAUUUCCUUGAAAUAUUAACAAGAUUUUCAAUCAUUCACGUUUGAUCCAGCUUUUAGAGAUCUUCCAGCCUGAAAGGUCCCCUAAGGAACUUUUAUUUGGGUCAUUUUGGUGCAACAUUUCUGUCUUUAAUGAGAUAAAAGUCCUCUGUGUUUUCAGCUGAGUCUCAGUAUUCUCAUGCUGAAAAACACUCAAAAUCAAGAAUUUGGGGGAAAAUCUGAGUCUCUCUAGUGUUUUAUGCUGCGUUCCAGUUGCACUCAAAAGUCGGAAUUUCCGAGCUCUGAGUCCGAAAUUCACCUGGAACGCCCUCCUGAAGUUGGAUUUCCGACUCGGAAAGUCGGAUGAUCCUCACCAACCCCAACUUGACAACAACGUCAUAAUCCAAAUUGGUUUCUAAGAGUAAAACACUAGGUUAUGCGUUGUUUACAACUGGUGUAGCUAACAACGGCUAACAACAGUCGACAACCGCUAACAGUAGACGUCCAUCUUGGUUUUCCAACUUGUGUCCUGGAACGCUGUCAACUCGGGUGUAAUGUCAUUCCCAGCUCCGACAGCCAACUUCCGAGGUUACUGGAACACAGCAUUAGUAAACAGAGUCUCUCAGUUUCCAUUGCCAUGGAAACCUUAGCUGUCACUCACAGGUGUUUAUAAUGAGUUGAUAUGAACAGACACAGAAACUUGAGUCUCUUGAAAUUAGUAAAACUUUAAAUUGACUAUUUAAGAAAAGGACUGGUGUUCUGUGUACGAGAACAAAAAGUUAAUCUUAUUAAAAAAUACUAUUUUUGUCAAUUUGUCUAUCCCAAAGAUACUAAUGCUGCGUUCAAGUUACCGCAGAAGUCAGAUGUCCGAGCCGGGAAUGAUGUCACACCUGAGUUACCAGCAUUUCAGUCACCAAGUCUGAGAAAAGCAAAAUCGGAGGCAGAAACAUACGAAAGUUAUUUUAGCGCUUGUCUUGUCCUUGCUUAUAUUCAAGCACUAAAAUAAAUUUCGUAGAUGUAGCCAACUUGUUUCUACCUCCGAUUUUGCUUUUUUUCCGACUUGGUAACUAAAAUGCUGGUUACUUGGGCGUGACGUCAUUCCCAGCUCGGACAUCUGACUUCCUAGGUAACUGGAACGCAGCAUUAAUACAAAUUUAUGACUCUCUGUGAUGCAUUAUGCCACGUCUUUCCUUUCCUCUUUUCAGGUCCGCUGAGGCAGACUUUUACCCACAAUCCCCUCGAACAGAGUGCUGCAUCAGCUAAAACCAAGCCAGCGGCAGCAGCAGAUGAAGGCAGGCGUUGGAAGGACACGAUUGGAUAGACAAGAGUGAGAGAAAAGUUUGACGGUGAAAUGAUUUAUGUAAAUAUUUAUGGAUGGAGGAGAAAGAGAGGAGGCUGCUGUCAUGGUGUGUUAUUCAGAUUAAAACAAUAGGCCUCAAAAGAA